AUGACCAUUGUCAUUGUUUUUUACGCUCCAGUUUAUGCCACAUGUUGCUUGUUGCAAAUGCAAUAUGAAAUUCUUUAUUACUGGUUAAUUCAUCUAUUUCGUUUCAAUCCAUUCCCAUAAACACCUUUUCCUGCCUUUAUAUUGAAUUAUUUACAGUGUGUGUUUGUUGUUUUUCCAAAUUGGGCGUCGUGCCGCUUUCAGCAGUGCACCUUAGCACUUAUAUAUGCUUAUUCCUAUACCAUGCUUAUUCUGUCAAUUAACCAACAAGCUUAGGGUUGCUAAUUGUAAAUACUACGUUUUGUCCUGCCGUUUUUUCGGCACCAUGCUUUGCCUUUCUCUAUCGCUAGUUAAAGUGGUUGGACUUUAGACUUAACAAUCCACGAGAAAUGUACAGCAAUCUUGAAUCAACUCUGCAAGGCUACGAAGAAAGUUUGUCUAAAUUCAAAGAUGAACGAGAUUCCAUUCAGAAAAAAACGUUCACCAAAUGGGUCAACAAGCACCUGAAAAAGAUUGGGCGGCGUGUGGACAACCUCUUUGAAGACCUUCGUGAUGGACAUAACCUCGUUUCGCUUCUUGAAGUUCUCUCUGGCGAUAACCUGCCCCGUGAAAGAGGUCUGAUGCGAAUCCACAUGUUGCAGAACGUGCAGACGUCGCUCGAUUAUCUCCGCUAUCGCAAGAUUAAGUUGGUCAACAUCCGUGCCGAGGAUAUUGUCGACAGCAAUCCAAAGUUGACUCUAGGUUUAAUAUGGACCAUUAUUCUCCACUUCCAGAUAUCGGACAUCAUGGUGGGCCAAGACGAAUCAUUGACAGCUCGAGAAGCUCUUUUGCGAUGGUCGCAGCGUUCCACUGCCAAGUACCCGGGUGUCCGAGUAAAAAAUUUUACCUCCUCCUGGAAAGAUGGCCUGGCGUUUAACGCCAUCAUCCAUCGCACUAGACCUGAUUUGGUUGAUUGGCGUUCGUUGAAGACUUGUGACAUUCGCGACCGACUGGAAUCUGCCUUUAGCAUCGUGGAACGCGAGUACGGCGUCACACGACUUCUCGAUCCCGAAGGUAAACUGAUACUACACUCAACCACACUAGCCGAUGUUGACACUUCCGAACCGGAUGAGAAGUCGUUGAUUACCUACAUUUCGUCGCUCUAUGAUGUUUUUCCUAAUCCACCGGCCUUACACCCUCUUUACGAUCCGGAAGCGCAGAAAAAAUACGGUGACUAUCGAGAUUUAUCGAGUUCUUUUCGCAUCUGGAUUCGCGAAAGCACGCUAUUGAUGCAAGAUCGGAACUUCCCCAGCACACUCGUGGAAGUCAAAAGCUUGGCACUGGAGUCGAAAAGAUUUCGGACGGAUGAGAUACCGCGUCGAUCUAGAGAGAAACAGCGCCUUGACCAACUUUAUAAUGACAUUGAGAAGUUCUUAGAAGAAACGGAAGAGAUCUUAGAACCUGAUUUGCGACCCGAAACUUUUGAAUGCGAUUGGAACCAACUUUUGUUGUUACAACAGGAACGUGACGACGCCAUCCAUAGGGAGAUUGAACGGUUAGAGAAACUUCAGCGAAUCGCCGAGAAGUUGCACCGUGAAGCCAAGCAGUUUGAUAUCCAGUUGGAUGAUGUUGAAACCCGGAUCGAUGAAGAAGCCAAGCGGAUAGAUCGACAUCUUGUAGGGGAUGCCGCGAAGAACUGCGAUAUUCUCAGUGGCGAAUUGGCCACCAUCGAAGAGUCCAUAAAAAAUAUGUUUGCCGAAGUCCAGGUCCUUAAGGACGGUAGUUAUAAUCAGGCAGGCGAUCUUCUCAAGCGAGUUAAACGAAUCCAUCAUUCCUGGGAGUUGAUCAAUGCCGUGUUCCAGACGCGAUUGCUCGAAAUCUUGCCUUCAUUGACAUCUUCCGAUACCGAACGAUCCUCGAGCUCCUCCCUGGAAUCCCGUCUUAUUGAGACCAACCAACACUUUGAAUUCCUCCGUGAAUGUUCAGAAUGGGUUCAAUCCCAGUUGACGCAAAUGGAGAAAGCCGCGCAUGGUACUGAUUUGUCCAGUGUUGGAACCGAACUGGAUUUACAUUUGAAGAUGCACCAAUCUGUUGAUGAAUUCCAAGGAAAUCUAGAAAAAUGCAUAUCGAAUAAGAAUAAAUUUCAAGGUGAGGAGUCGCCCAUUUACGUGCAUUACUUGGAGAUUCUCCAACAGUCCUAUAGUGAGCUAACGAUGCUCAGCAAAAAACGAUUGGUGGACUUGCAGAGCUUGCAAGAAUUCAUACUGUCCGUUAUGACGGAGCUCGCUUGGCUCAACGAGAAGGAGGAGGUUGAAAUUUCUCGCGACUGGUCCUCCAAGUUGCUCAACCUUAUCGAAAUCCAAACUUAUUAUGAGGAAUUGAUGAGCGAUUUGGAAAAGCGCGAAAUUCAAGUGAGUGCAGUUCAUGGUCGAGGCGAAGCCCUUGUGAAACAUCAUCCAGCCUUUGAGUGUGUCGAAACCUUCAUGCUGACCUUGUCGUCCAAAUGGAAAUGGCUCCUGCAGUUGACACUUUGCCUGGAAACUCAUCUGCGCCAUGCGACUUUCUACGAAAAUUUCUUCACCGAGGUCCGAAAAUGCGAAGAGUGGUGCAUUAAACAGGAUCAGCUGUUGAAUAGCACCUACAGCCAAAGUGGUUUUACGUUGGACGAAGGAGAACAACUCUUGAGAGAAAUGCAGGACCUUCGAGAUGACUUGAGCCAUUACAGCAAAGUUGUUGAGGAACUUUGUGAGAGCAGCCUGGAAGUGGUUCCACUCAAACAGAGAGGAUCGCCGUUGCAAAAGCCUGUCGCUGCUAAAUGCGUUUGCAUCUACAAACAACAUGAGGUCAGUAUCGGCAAGGACGAAAAGUUUGAUUUGGUCGAUAAUAUUUCGGCAAGGACAUGGAAAGUCGUCACGGGCAAUGGACUCGAAUACCAAGUGCCCAGUGUGUGUCUUCUGAUUCCACCACCAGAUAACGAAGCGAUUGAAGCUGCCGAACUUCUCAAACGCCAAUACUAUCAGUGUGAGGCCCUUUGGAUCAGGAAGCAAAUGCGAAUGAGUCAGAACAUGAUUUUUGCCACCAUCAAAGUUGUCAAGAGCUGGGAUGCUCCUCAAUUUAUGGCCGUGGGCAAAGAUCAACGCGACGCCAUCCUAAAAGCGCUUAACGAAGACACCGAAAAGCUUUUGCAACAAGGAGAUCCUAGUGACCCACAAUUACGAUGCCUUCAGCGGAAGAUUGAAGAAGUCAACCAACUUUUUUGUGAUUUUGAGAGGCGUGAAGCUACGUGCAACCGACCGGAAUUAAGCCAAUCGGCCAUCGACGAUCACUUGGCGACUUUGCAGAUGAAACUGGAAGAAUUUGAGAUGACGCUGACUAGCAUGAUUACAAGUCCUUUGCCCCGAGACUUGGAUCAACUCGAACAAUUCGUCGUCAACCAAAGGCAGUUCGAGACGGAAUUACAAUCGCUUCAACUCGAACUCGAGUCGAUUAAGGAGAACGUGGAAGCCUGUCCGUGCAAAACACCGCAAAUGCAAACAAAAAUAGACAGUUGCAACAGCCAAUGGAAGAAGAUCUGGGAAAAUUCAAAUUUGUACGUCGAGCGCCUUAAAGGAAGCGAAAUUGUCUUGAAUGGUCUAGAAGUCAUGAACAAGUUCGUGUCCUGUUUGGAGACCCAAUUGAUCACUAAGAAAAUGCAGUACGAUCCGGAAGCACUGCGCAAAGUUCAUGAUGACUUGAUCGACAUGCAGUCGAAUAUCCAGAUUCAACAGGAUGCUGUCGACCAACUGGCAGAGGAAGCUGUCGUUGUUCGCCAACUAGUGAUCAGAUCGCGAAAUUCAGUCAACACAACCAUCCGCAAACAUCCGGAUGUCGACCGGUUGGAUGCAGAAAUAAAAGCGGUUCUCACUCGCUUGGACAACAUUCGCGCUCAAGUUGUCGAACGGCUACAGAUUUGCGUGUCGACUGUUGAACAUCAGGAAUCCUCCGCCAAAUUGCAGGAUAAUCAUCCAAUAUCCGACACCGCGAACGAUGCUUCCAGUAAGAUGCCGUCAAUCAUGAAUGAGAUCAAGAUCGAGUCAUCGCUGUCAGUACCUUCAGUAUUAAAUGCUGAUAAGGAUAACGCCAGUUACGACCACUCUGAAGAGCAACCUGAAAUUGAACAACACCCUCGAGAGUUGGCGCCCUGUUUGGAUAUGGACGAACGGAUGAACGUUCUUAAGAAAGCUAUGGCUAUAGUAAAGGAGUUUCAAGACAAAUUCUUUCCCAUCGCCAACUGGUUGGAUGAAAUGGAAAGUAAAAUCAAAGAUAUGGAGGUUGUUGCCACCGAUGAAGAAAGGAUCCAAAAGAGCAUCGAAGAACACAGUGUCCUUCACGACGACAUUCUCGGAAGAAGACAGGAUUUCGAUAGCCUGGCGAAUAAUUUCACCGAUUUGAUGUCACUAGUCACAGAAGAAGAGGCAAACGUCCUGGCAGACCGUCUUGCAGAACUAACUGACCGUUAUGGUGCCUUGGUGGAGAAUUCGGAGACUCUAGGGCGGUUGCUGGGCGAUGCCAAGAAUGGUUUGAGACACCUGGUUCUAUCGUAUGAAGAUUUACUGUCCAGGAUGGAAAGUAUGGAAACCAAGUUGAAGGACUACAGCCUGUCAGUACACGUUGAAAAAUUACAAGAGCAAAUGGAGGAGCUGAUGCAUCUGACGGAAGAAGUGGCCAGAUAUCAACGUCAGAUAGAAUCUGUUGUUGACACUGGUCUAGAGCUAAUGCGCCAUAUAACCAACGAGGAAGCUCUGCAACUUCAAGAAAAACUCGAUUCUAUUCAACGUCGUUACAUUGAAUUGACUGUAAGAGCUGAUGAACUGUUGAAAGAAGCUCAUGAGACUCAACCAGUCAUCGAACAGUUUCAUUUGUCGCACAAUCGCCUUGCCAAUUAUCUCUUGGACGCUGAAGAUCGCUUGCAAGCUUUGGAUUCUUCAUCGACAGCUUCAAGCGGAAGCGCUGGAUUGCACGUUCAAGAAUGCAUUAUCGCCCACUUAGAGAAAUUACUUAUCGAAGUUAGACCUUUCUUGGAUAUGGUCAAUCAGAAUGGGCCAAUGCUCUGCGGAAGAUGCCCAGAUGAAGGGGCUGCUUAUAUAGAAUCUUUGAUCACUCGCGACAACCGUCGCUUUGACGCUGUUCAUGAACAGAUGCAACGAAAGACCAAACGACUGCGUUUAUAUAAGCAACGCCUGGUGGAAGUGGUGAGUGAUCUUGACGAACUGCUGGACUGGUUCCGCGAAAUAGAACAGCAGGUACGGGAAGCUGAACCUCCCAGUUGUGAUCCGAGGAUCAUUGGCGUUCAACUUAAAGAGCACAAAAGCGUCGGUGAAGAAAUAUCCUCUCAAAAAGGACGUAUACGCGACAUUCUCUCAGCCAGUCAGACAGUGCUUCGUCAGUCACCUCAGACUGAAGAUUCUGCCUUCAUCAGAGAGAAGAUGGAAGAUCUUAAGGAAAUUAGGGAUCACGUUUCCGAAUUGAACGCGGACCGAUUGAGUAUCCUGGAGCAAGCCCUACAUUUAGCGAAGCAUUUUCAUGAAGCCCACUCUGAUCUUUCCAACUGGCUGGAUGAGAUAGAGGAAGCGUUGGCAAAUGCGGAUGAUCCAGCCAUUCAUCUCAAACAGAUCGAUCGUCAACAGGAAGUCAACAAACUCCUCAUGUCCGAAAUUGCCGAGUACAAACCAAUCUUUGAAAAACUGAACAAGACUGGUAGCACUCUAGCCCAGCUAUGUCUUGAGGAAGAAGGUGUCAAAGUCCACGAUAUCAUCGAAUUGCACAAUGCCCGGUAUGCUGCUUUGCGAUCAGGUGUGCGAGAACGCCAAAAAACCCUUGAAGAGGCUCUGCAAAAGACGAGUCAAUUCUCUGACAAACUGAACGGCAUGCUCACCGCUUUGACUAAUGCUUUCGAACAAGUGAAAUCGGCUGAGCCCAUCUCUGCCCACCUUGAUAAGAUUCAGGAAGAGAUGCAAGAAAACGAAUCUAUUGUUGAAGACUUGAAGAAGAGGGAGUCUGCUUUUGAGGCAGUGAAACGAACCGCCGACGAAAUUAUAAUGAAGAAUCCUUCAGAUUCAGGCGUGAAAGACAUCAUUGACAAACUAAAGAAGUUGUCCGACCUAUGGGAAACGGUCAAUUCUGCAACCGAAGAGCGUGGCAAGUCUCUGGAAGAAGCGUUGGGCCUUUCCAAGCACUUCUGGGAAGAAUUGCAAGUUGUUGCGGCGAUCUUGAAAGAACUACAAGGAACCUUAACUACUCAAGACCCACCUGCCGUCGAACCGACAAAAAUUCGGCAACAACAGGCCAACUUACAACAUGUCAGGACCGAUAUCGAGAAAACCCAACCUAAAGUGGAGCACUGCCGCCAAGUUGGUCAGGAGCUUAUCAAUUUGUGUGGAGAGCCCGAUAAGCCGGAAGUAAAAAAACACAUUGAAGAGUUGGAUUCCGCCUGGGAUAACGUCACUACAUUGUAUAUUAAACGAGAAGAGAACCUCAUCAAUGCCAUGGAAAGGUCCAUGGAAUACCAUGAUAUUCUCAAUACCCUGUAUGAGUUCUUGGAGAAAGCAGAGGAAAAAUUCCGAGGAAUGCAACCUCUUGGAACCGAUAUCGAGACGGUUAAACAACAAAUUGAACAGCUCAAAGCAUUUAAGGCUGAAGUUGAUCCUCACAUGAUUAAAGUGGAGACCCUCAACAGGCAAGCAUCCGAUCUUCUACUUUGCUCAUCACCCGAUCAAGUGUCCCGUUUGAAAGAACCCUUGGCCAAGGUUAAUCGGCGCUGGGAAGAUCUUUUGCGGGGAGUUGUCGACAUGCAACGUGAGUUAGAGAAGGCCCUGUUGCAUCUAGGACAAUUCCAGCAUGCUCUCAAUGAACUGUUGGUCUGGAUCCAACGAACCGAUAGCACUCUGGAUGAAUUGAAACCCGCUCAUGGAGAUCCGAGUGUAAUAGAACUAGAAUUGGCCAAGCUAAAGGUGUUUAUCAACGACGUCCAAGCCCAUCAGAGCACUGUCGACACUCUCAACGACGCCAGCCGGAAGUUGUUUGAAGCAGACGAAAGUUCUGAUGAUCCCAACAAUAAUCAAAAACAAUUGGCGCUUCUAAAUAAAAAGUGGGGUGAUAUGGUAGAAAAAGCCUCGAAUCGCCAGCAGGAACUUGAAGAUGCCUUGAAGGAGGCUGAACAAUUCACUGCUGAGAUACAAGACCUGUUGCAAUGGCUCAACGAAAUCGAUAAUGCCCUGUCCAUGUCGAAGCCGGUGGGUGGUCUACCAGAGACGGCAUCAGACCAACUUGAACUCUUUAUGGAAAUAUACCAAGAGUUGGAAAAGAACCUGCAAUUAGUUGAAAGCUGCCACGAACGCGGUGCCGGUUACCUGAAUCAAUCAACCGAUCGUGCCGCUUCUUCACUUCAACGUAAUUUGGAAACGUUAAAACAACGCUGGGAUAACAUUAUGAAUAGAGCCAAUGACAAGAAAAUCAAGUUAGAAAUCGCUCUUAAGGAGGCCACCGAAUUCCAUGAUGCCCUACAAGUGUUCAUCGAGUGGCUGACUAAUGCCGAGAAAACUUUAAGCGGCUUCAAACCCGUCUCCCGCGUCAUGGAGACCGUCGUCUCUCAGAUCGAGGAUCACAAAUCCCUCCAAAAGGGCAUUUUGAUUCAGAGGGAUGCGAUGGUUAACCUAGAUAAGAAGGGGACCCACUCAAAGUACUUCAGCCAGAAGCAGGAUGUGAUCCUCAUCAAGAACCUUCUCAUAAGUGUUCAACAUCGCUGGGAGCGUGUCCUAUCAAGAGCUGCCGAACGAACAAGAGCACUGGACCACGCCUAUAAAGAGGCGAAAGAGUUUCACGACUCGUGGCACAAGCUGUAUUCGUGGUUAGAGGAAGCUGAAAAAGGAUUCGAUGAUGCUGAGCUGAAAUUGAGCUCAGACCCCGAAAAGAUAAAGCAGCUGUUGGCCAAACACACAGAGUUCCAGCAAAUUCUUGAUGCUAAAAAACCGGGAUACGACGGUGUUGUGCGACUCGGCAAACUAAUCAAGGAUCGUGCUCCCAAGACAGAUGAGUCCACUCUGAAUCUGAUGAUGUCUGACAUGAAAGCCAAAUGGCAAUCCGUUUGCAACCAAUCAGUUGACCGCCAAAGGAAACUCGAAGAAGGAUUGCUCUUCUCUGGGCAAUUCGAGGACGCCAUUAAAGCGUUGGUCGAUUGGUUAUGCAAAACCGAUCGGAUUCAAAUGGCUGAAAGUCCCGUUCACGGAGAUUUGGACACGGUGAUGUCAUUGCGUGAACAACACAGUGACUUUGAAGAAGAGCUUCAGAGCCGAUUUGUUCAGGCAGAACAAGUCCAAAAAAUGGCCGUCGAUGUCAUGGCAAUCGCUAGCGAAGAGGACAAAACAGCCAUUGAAAAGCAAGUGUCUGAACUGGAAGUCACCUGGGAUAAUGUUUCAAAAUCUUCGAACACCAGGUCUGCACGGCUUGAAGAAGCAUUAGUCCAGUCUGAGACUUUGCACAAAGCAGUAAACGUGCUUCUCGAAUGGUUCUCUGAUGCCCUGACGAAACUGCGAUUCGCUGGUCCUUUACCUGAUGAAGAAACAGAAGCACUGCAACAGUUGGAUGAUCACCAUAAAUGUUUGGAAGAAUUGAUCAAGAAAGAGACUGACAAAGACGAUAUAAUGGCCAUGGCUCAAGAUAUCCUCGAAAAGGCUCACCCUGACGCUGUACCUGUUAUUCAUCAUUUGAUUACGGUCGUACAAUCUCGGUGGGAAGAAGUUAUGGCAUGGGCUAACCAGCGUGAGCAACGUCUAAAGGAGCACUUGUGCAAUGUGCGUGAAAUGGCUUCCAUUUUGGAAGAACUUCUCGCUUGGCUCUCCAUUGCGGAGAACACGAUGGAUACAUUAGAAGCUGAACCUUUGCCUGAUGAUCUGCCUUUCGUCGAAAUUUUGGUCAAGGAUCACCAAGACUUUAUGGAAGACAUGGCCAAAAGACAACCUGAGAUGGAUCGCUUUUGCAGGACUAGGACACCUGACCGAGAAAAUUCGCAAAUCCCUCGAAUACUUCGAUCCAGUUACAAACCACCAUCGGGACAGUCUACUCCUGGGUUACAACAAUCAACUCGAAAAUCAAGCAAGGUGAACCUGGAAGGAUCACCGUGUAGUCCUCGUGCACGUCAUCUCUGGGAUCGCUGGCGCAACGUUUGGAUGAUGGCCUGGGAGCGCCAGCGACGCCUCCAAGACAAACUGAAUUAUUUGCAAGAGAUUGAAAAAGUGAAAAACUUCAGCUGGGACGACUGGAGGCGCAGAUUCAUGAAAUACAUGAACAAUAAAAAAUCUCGGGUGACGGAUCUUUUCCGCAGAAUAGAUCGGAAUAACGAAGGAUUUAUUCCUCGCGAGGAUUUCAUCGAUGGAAUCAUGAAGACCAAGUUCCCAUCAAGCCGUAUCGAGAUGAAUGUCGUGGCCAAUAUGUUUGAUCGCAACAACGAAGGAUCUAUCGAGUGGAAGGAGUUUCUGACGGCCUUACGGCCUGACUGGGAAGAGCGUCCCACAACCGAAGACGAGAUCAUCCAGGAUGAAGUGGAACGCGCAGUUAACCAAUGCACUUGCCGCAACGCAUUCAAAGUUCACCAGGUCACUGAAGGCCAGUACCGGUUCGGCGAGAACCAGAAACUUCGUCUAAUCCGUAUUCUACGCUCGACUGUGAUGGUACGUGUCGGUGGUGGAUGGGAAGCACUUGGUGAAUUUCUUGUUAAGAAUGAUCCCUGCCGUGUUAAAGGCAAGACCAACUUUGAGCUUCGCGAGCAGUUUUUGCCCGAAGGCACCUCUCAAGGAAUGACACUUUUCAAGUCCAGGACGAGCCCCAACAGCUCCGUGUCUAGUCAGCUUGGAAGCAGCCAAACGAUCUUCUCGCCCCUUCAUACACCUUCACCAUCUCUUACCACUGCUGGGCCCAUCUCUAAGGUCCGGGAAAGAAUAGUACGCAAUAAGGAGUCCCCGUUGCUUCAGUCGUUAUCUGUUGGAACACCCGACACCUCAGUAAGCGAGAGCGAUGGAUCUUUCCAAAUUAGCCGAAAAACCCCCGCUUCUCGGAAGUCUAUGAUAAACGGAAGUCGUUCUGGAAGUCGGUCAACUAGCCGCCUCUUGGAUUCCAGAAACAGAUCGGUUCAGUCGCUGGAUGGUUAUGACGGUGGAUCCGUACAAAAUACACCCAUUGGAAAUCGUCGUUCUCUAAAGCAACCAAGCUGGUCGUGCACCUUACCUCGAAAAAGACCAGCUGUUCCGUCGCUAUCACUUGUGGAAACUCGCGCUCGCCAUCCAAGCGGAUUAAGCGCAUCAGGCAUUUCACCCAGCCCAUCUGGGGUUUUCAAUGGAGGCGCCAUCAGCGCUGCUAGUCGAUCAAGGAUAUUACGAACUUCCUCCGCUUCUAGUAUCCCUAUAUUAACAUCAACGCCGGCUAGGGAUCACAGUGACUCUGGGCCCAACAGUACCUGCAUUCCGGAUACACCCAAAACGAUGAGAGGUGAUCCGCUGACUGCCGUAGUACGCAAAGUCGUAAGCACAGGCAUUAGAAAACCUUCCAGUAUGUCAACAUUCCGACCUAGUCCCAAGUAAAAAUUGAAAUAAUGAUCUUGUUCCAUCCCUUUUUGUAAUAGGAAAUUGUAAUCAUAUUUACUCUUUUCUAGUUCUCACUAUCCCUGUUAAAAAAAGUUAUACUUUAUUAUAAAACAAAUCCAAGCAAUACAAAUCCCUUAGUUAAUUAUA